UUGGUACUAAACUUCAUUGGCUACUGUUAAACCCCGGAAACAAGAUUUUAGGUUUCACGAGAGAGAGAGAGAGAGAGAUGGCGAAGGAGGUGUUGACACUUGACAAUGGCACAACUUGCUCAUCCUGGAACUACUCCGGUACAAGACUCGCUGCUGGUUCCGCCGAUGGCACCCUCUCGAUCUUCGAUUCCCGCGACCCUCCUUCUUCCUCCUCUCUCCGCCUCUCUUUCAAAUCCAAGGUUCAUGAAGGAAACAUUGUGAAGAUUGUUUGGGUUCCGCCAGCGUACGGGGAUGCAGUUGCAUGUAUUUCUGUUGAUGGAAUUGUGUCAUUGCUGGAGGAGGUGGUAGAAGAUUCACAGCCUCUUCAGUGGAAGAUUUGUAAAUGCUUUGGAAGCAGUUCAGACAAAGUUCUUGAUGUUCAAUUUGGAAUCUCUUUGGCCAGUUUGAAAAUGGUGGCUGCAUAUUCUGAUGGUCAUAUGAAAGUUUUCGAGCUCCUGGAUCCGUUGGAACUGAAAAACUGGCAACUUCAGGCUGAGUUUCAAAAUGUUAUUGAGUCAGUUUCUUCAUUUGGAAAGGCUGUGUGCCUUUCUGCAUCCAUAUCUUUCAAUCCACAAAAUGGUGGAAGCCAGGAAUCCAGCUUCCUAGUUGGUUUUAAUUCAAACACAUCAGAGCUUAAUUCUGCUAAGGUGUGGGAAUUUGAUCAGGCUCAUCAAAGAUGGCUUCCAGUGGCAGAAUUGGCAGUGCCUGAGGACAAGGGUGAUCAGGUGUACGCCGUCGCAUGGGCACCAAAUAUUGGCAGGACGUAUGAGAUCAUUGCGGUUGCAACGCACAAGGGACUUGCAAUAUGGCACCUUGGAUUGAACCCUGAUCAUGACGGUAGACUACCAGUGGAGAGAGUUGCAGUGCUGUCGGGUCAUGAUGGCAUGGUGUGGCAAAUGGAGUGGGAUAUGAGCGGAAUGACGUUGGCUACUACAGGUCAAGAUGGAAUGGUCAGAUUAUGGCAGUCUAAUCUCAACGGUGUUUGGCAUCAGCAGGCUGCAUUUGAACCCACUUCUUAGCCACUCGACUCCUGUUAUAUGCAUACUUUUUGUUCAAUAUGAACCACUUAAUGUUUAUGGCUCCGGAGAUAAGUUUAAAUGAUCUCAAUUUGCCCUUUCAGUGAUAUUUUGUAUCUAAACCUCAAUCAGUUUGUUGUAACUUGUAAGUAGUAAGCUGGCGCGGCUUUUCUCCUUUUUCACCUCAUUAGUAAUUUUUGAAUAGGAUUAACAUCAUGUUUAGAUGUGUGUUGGGUACACACUCCAAAGCACGUUAGCGGAGAAGCUCCAUAUUAUAGCUUAUGUAUUAACGUGAUUAAGAGGUCUAACAUGGAUUCUAAACCUGUGCACUAUGGGUACUUUGUUGAAAGUCAUGAUCCUCAUGUUACAUGAUGCAGAUAUCAUUCAUUUACUCUCA